CCAACAUGGUGCCACCAGAACCGUACAGCUUGUCAGCCCACAGUAUGUCUUAUACACAGACACAGAGUUGGAGCAAUCAAGAAGCACCUUUUUUGAAAAACACCAUGCUGGACAAGGAGACUAUAUAGUUUCCAAAGAUCUUCGCUGUCGAUUAAUCAGAAAUACAGUAACAAGCAUGAUUUCCAUUAAGAGAGCGGCAGGGGAUGACUUCCAGUAUCCAUGCAGCCGUGAACUCACUAUGAUGAAGAAGCGUCUCGUAGAGUACUACUCAAUGCUGCGGAACAGAUCUGCAGCCAGUGGAGCUGAGUGGGAAUCUGUGAAGAAGCAGCUUUUGAAAAAGAUUCAGAAUGUGACAACUCCCAAAAAGAAGCAGAAAUUACUGAGAGCCUACAGAACCAGGCGAGACAUUAUAAAACUCUACAGGAGAUGUACAAAACCAAGGCCAGAUCCAACCAGAAGGAUGUUUCCCCAGCUUCAGGACCUUGAAUUCCAAGCAAGACGGGCCUUCAUCGACUCUGAUACAACUAAGGAGCAGGACAGGCCUACCAAGAUACUUCAAGCGUAUCCCUGCUUCAGAGAACUGGAUCAUGUUAUGGAUGAACUCCGGCGGAUCCUCGAUCGAGGGAACUCCCGCUUCAUACCUGAACUGAAGACCCGCUGGGGGACCUUUUACAACCAGGCACAGUUUUAUGGAGUGUUCAAAAAGGUCAUGAAGCCACCGCUGCUGGACAAAGUCAAACACUCAAUCGCCAUGAUGAAGACUUUACCAGACAUGUUCCCAUCACCUGUGUCUCCACCCAAGAAAUUAGGACAUGCAAGUGAGGCUAUGCUUCACAUCCUUGAGUCUGCAGAAGACCCCAACAACUUUCUUCAGGCAAGACCACUCUUCAGCCCUGUCGUGACUGUCUGCGAAACCAUCUGCAUACUGGCCAUUGGAACAUGCCUGUGCUGACCUUCCCAAAAGAGGACAUCUAUGCCAUCGUAAUGUAUCUUAUGGCGUGUUAUUAUGCCUUUCACCUCACAUAUCCCAAGUGCAUUGCGACACUCCUCUCUGUGCUGCAGACAGAAGUCCUCUCGGAUGCCAUCCACGACCGGGACAGGCUAAGGCUAUGGCCGAGUGGAAAAAGUUCAUUACUGACUAGGGUUGCACGAUACAAUUUUUUCAUUUCCGGUCCCGAUAACAGAACUGUGUGUAUCGGCCGAUCCGAGAACCGAUCCGAUAACCUUUAAUAAAUAGGCAGGGCGUUUGUUGUUUAUUAUAAGGUUUAAAGCACUAUCACGUUUGUUAUCUUGACAUAGGUCUUACAUUUUCAUUUUCACCUUGACCACCAAUGACUGUUGUUGUUUUUGCAUCCUUUGUUCUGCCCAUAUGCGGCCACUGGAUAUACUGAGUCCUCAAUAAGGAGGUGAAAAGAAAUUAGAUAGUCUUGCUUUAGGAAAAUUUAUCUCAUUUCUAGUAGUAGUACAAGUACAUUUAUCUUAGUCAGGAUUACUUAUUUUAAGCACAAUAUGCUAUUUUUCUGUAAAUUCCAGGGAAUAUAGCCUUAUUUCAAGACGAUUGCAAUAGCAUUGGAUGCAAAAUUUAAGCACAUUUUCCUACAUAUUGAGAAAAUAAUUCUUAAAUAUUUUCUUUGUAUCCAGACAAAUGUAUUUGUUUUUAGUCUGGCCGCACUAGUUUAGAUUUCUUUGCGUUCUUUGAGACUAGAUAUCUUUACUUUAAGUAAUAUUUCCCCAAUUUUACUGCGUUUUUUUCCCUUGUUUUUGAGAGCUGACUUUUUGCAGUGCAUCGUUGGGGCCCCAGUGAAGAUGGUCAAAAUCUUCAAGUUCCUCGGCAUGCAUGUCACUGACAACCUGAAAUGGUCCCUUCACACAGACAGCGUGGAGAAGAAGGCACAACAAUGCCUCUUCAACUUCAGAAGGCUGAAGAAAUUGAGAGCAUCCUGUCGGGCUGUAUCCGUAUCACCGUCUGGUACAGCAAUUGCACCGCCCGGUGUUACAGGGUGGCCAAGAAGAUCAUAGCCACCCGAGCCACAGCCAGUUCACCCCACUAUCAUCUAGAAGGCGUUGACAGUACAGAUGCAUCAAAGCCGAGAACGAGAGACUGAGAUACAGCUUCUCCCUCCAGGCCAUCAGACAGUUAAACAGUCACCACUACUCUUAUAGGCUGACCACACCGCUCGCGUCGCGUAUGCGAGCGUUGCAAAAUAAAUUUAGAAAACUAUGUUAUUCAAUUAUUGCACCCACACUACUUGCGCACACCAACGAGCGACUGCAUUGCCAAGGGCUAAAAUAGAAAUCAGUUCUAUUUCUGACGCAGAUCGCGUUGCAAGUCCUGCCUCUCCCA